AGCACGAAGACGCUGGCGGCGCGGGAGAUGGCGCUGCGGGCCUCCUUGGAGAUGUUGACACCGUCCGGGAGCUGUGAAAAGAGCGUGGGGAUUUCCUGUCCCCUCUUUAUAUGUGGAAACGAGCUGAGAGAGGGGAGAACACUUGCCUGCGACCAUACAGCCAGUAGAUGAAAAGCCAGAGGCCUCUAAUGUCAGCGUAAGUCUACUGAUCUACUGUUGGAGCAAACCCAUUCAUUUCUGCUAUGGACUUGCCAGAGGAGAGCCAGUGGGAUGAAACCACCUGCCAGCUGGCUGUUUGCCAGCAUCCACAAUGCUGGGCCACGAUCCGCCGGAUUGAGAGGGGCCACCCUCGAAUCCUGGGCCCCCCACGCAAAACAGCUCUGAAUGAUGAAGACAAACUUCCAGUGCUCACCACUGUAAACAUGGCAGAUUCCUGCCUCUGGGCCAAGAGACAUGCUCAUCAUCAUUUAUCAGGAUUUACCUUCACCAGACCACCUGCUCUACUAUGUCCAGGUGCUAAGUUUGACUCCAAACUCCAAGGCAGGCCUCGGAAGGACUUACCUGACAAAGAUUUAAUCGACCGUCCCGAUAGAUCUUCUAAAGUAAGUCACAGAUUAAAAAAGCUUUCAGUGCUGAAUUUGAAUGAGACACAACUUCCCAGCCCUCAAGAUGUUAGAAAUAUGGUUGUAAUCUGGAUCCCAGAACAACCACAGAGGCACGUGAGUCCCGCUGAGAAGAAGCCUGUUCUUCCCAGCCAGGACUGGAUGGAGAGGAGAAUGAUCUCUACAAUGAAAGAUGGUUGGCUCUCCAGAAAGCAGAAAACAGAGACACAGUUGGGGCCUCCAGGGAUGAUUGUGCCUCCCCCCUCACCCAUACAAUUUCUUGAGCAACAGUCUGUACCUUUCUGGAACCAAUUUGACAUGUUACCUCAGGAUCUACUGAAGGACCUCUUGCCUAAUGAGGGGAAGACCAUGCCUUCUCUGGAGAUGAGGACACAGUUGGCCAUGAUGAAGAAGAAAGCUCCCCUGGAAAAGAGUCGACCCGACAAUGCCAUUUCUGCUAAGAUGUUCUUAACCGUACACCGCCUCACGCUGCAGAGACCAGCAUUGAGAUAUCCUAAACAUUCAAAGAAAUUAUAUCACAACCUGAACACAGAAGGUCACAAGAAGCAGCAGCAGUGGCAGCAGAAGCAGCCACAGAGGAAGGUGAAAACCCAGCUGAAGAGUCAGGAGGCUAAAAAGAAAUCCAAGAGUGAUCUGGGGAGUCAGGACAUUUUGCAUAAACAUUCUGGUGCCGUGGUGUAUGGCCCACGCUAUGGUCACAGAACUCUACGAAGCCAAGAAAGUGACAAAAAGCAGCCACAGCAGACAAAGUCAGAAGGACCCACCUUGAGAAAGGAUUCCACAAAGAGGACCCAGAUGGAAUACUUGGAGAAUCAUCUGGAUUCCUUCUCCGGUAAAGAUGGCAAGUUACUAGGGUGGAGGAACCUCAGUAAGUCACUCAGGCCAGGGAGAGCUGAACCUGUGUUGACAAGGAUGGUUCACCACCCUGGACGCCAUAGUUCUAUUCCCUCAGAAGGGUCCUAAAGACACGCAGCCCUUCCUUCUCUGUCCUCCAUUUGUUGUGGUUGGGAGAGGGCUGCAGGUGCAGUUAAUGGCUGGGUCUUCUUUUAGAUCCCGAGUUAUCCAAGACAGAACCCUCUAAGAAGGACAUCAGCGCUCAGGAGUUGGUUGUGCUGGAAUCCCAAGACAGGAACUCAGAGGACCUCUCAGACGAUACAUCUAGAAGGUGGAACCCUGAGCUCAAGCUCCUGAGGAUUCUUCAGGCCACUGAUAAUGAGGAUGAGGAGGACCAGCUCUCCGAGUCACAGAGUGAAGAGUCUUUCUAGACCUCAGAGGACAACCUUAUUCCAGAGAAAGAUGCUUGAAAUCCUCCGGACAGAGACCUUGGACAUACAGACAGAAAGGAGAGGGGACUUCUGCUCCUGGGAGCCUUCAUGAGGGCCCCACUGUAGGGACUCUGCUUUCUUCAUUCACUUCUCCUUACCUCUAAAAUCAGUGAGGGAGAAAAAGCCUCCCCCUUUUUAAACUGAGUUGUUUCUCUUUCAUUAGGGGCAGAAAAAUUUUAGUGAUUAAACACCACUGCUUAAGAAAAAGGCUCAUUCUCUUCCUGGGAGGAUGGGAGAGAUAUUUCUGUGGAUGUGUUUUCUGGGUCACUUUUAUCUCCCCUCUGGAGCUCUGAAAGGUUUCCAGUCACAGGAAGAUGAGUUUUGGGACACCUGGCUAGCUCCUUCCAUUGGGCAUGCAGCUCUGGAUCUCAAGGUUGUGAGUUCA